ACAUGGCAACCUCUGAGCAGCUCCAUAUGCCAUUUAUCUGCUGGAUCUGGCUGCCAUAGGUGGCAGUGUGCGUGUGUGUGUGUGUGCGUGUGUGCGCGCGUGCGCGCGCGCGUGUGUGUGAGAGAGAGUGUGAGUGUGUGUUCGGAGGCCGGUGUGUGUGUGUGUGUGUGUGUGUGUGUGUGUGAACGAGGGAAGCGACUCUGGCCGGGAAAAAAAAACGAUGGCAAAGUGAAAGCAGAAAGACUCGAUCAGCCUGGAGUCCAGGAGCGGAGUGAGGAACCAGUGAGGAUCUGGGAUCAACCUUCCUUCAUCCACCUUCUCUUCCUCCUCCUCCUCCUCCACCACCUCCUGUAUGCUACCUCCUCCUCUUCUUCUUGUUCGUCUCCUUUUUUCUGCCAUGCAUCAUCAUCAUCAUCACCACCACCAUCACUACCACCACCACUAUCACCUUCAUCUUCUUCAUCAUCUUCUUCAUCUUCAUCGGAGGAGGAUGUAAACCUCUCGGUCUGCUCUUAAGACUACCAUUUGAAUGGGCCACCCUUUUUUUUUUGGAUUUUUUUCUGAUGGUGAUGAAGAUUGUUUCAUGGAGCCCGAAACACACACACACACUAAUGUACACACACAGCGCGCGCGGCGGACUGGACUGUGCACGAGCGUGAAAUGGACAGGAUUUAGACUUUAAUUCCGCCUCAUUUUCUUUCUUUCUUUCUAGUGUGUGUGUGUGUGUGUGUGUGUGUGUGUUUUGUUGUGCCGAAUUGAAGAAAAAGACACAAAUUCGGGGCCUGGGGAGGAGCCUCGUUUUCUCUUCUUUCUCUCCUUCUUUCUUUAUAGAAAAUUCCAAAAAGGAAAAAAAAAGAAAAAAUAUAACCCUGGACAUCAUUUUUUUUAAAGCAUCUUCUGCUUGACUCGGACUGGGCGACCAUCAGACCGGAGUCGGAUUGUGUGUGUGUGUGUGUGCGUGCGCGCUUUUUUUUGUGGUGGUGGUGGUGGUGUUUUUUUUCUUCUUUUGAUGGAGCUAGAGAACAUCGUUGCUAACACGGUGCUCCUUAAAGCCAGAGAGGGUGGAGGAGGAAAGCGGAAAGGGAGGAGUAAAAAAUGGAGGGAGAUCCUUCGCUUCCCCCACAUCAGCCAGUGCAUGGAGCUGAGCAAAACCAUCGAGAGGGAUUACUUGAGCCUGUGUGAGAAGCAGCCUAUUGGAAGAUUGCUGUUUCGCCUCUACUGUGAGACCAGACCAGAGCUGCUGAGAUGCAUACAUCUGCUGGAUGCCAUGGAGGACUACGAGGUGACUCCAGACGAGAAGAGGAAGAGUCGAGGAGACCAGAUCAUCAAGAAGUUCCUCACCAAGCAGUCCCCAGAGUGUGUGGAUGUGAUGGAGGGUCUUGCUGAACACUGCAGAGAGAACCUUGAGCUGAGUCCCUGCAAAGAGAUCUUCAGCGACUGCCGCAAGGUUCUGCAUGAGUACCUGAGUGGAGCUCCGUUCUCUGAUUACCAGAACAGCAUGUACUUUGACCGCUUUAUCCAGUGGAAAAUGCUAGAAAGGCAGCCGGUUACUAAAGACACGUUUCGGCAGUACAGAGUGUUGGGGAAGGGAGGCUUUGGAGAGGUGUGUGCGUGUCAGGUGAGGGCCACGGGGAAGAUGUACGCGUGUAAGAAGUUGGAGAAGAAGAGGAUAAAGAAGAGGAAGGGCGAGUCAAUGGCACUGAACGAGAAACAGAUCCUGGAGAAAGUCAACAGCAGAUUUGUGGUGAGUUUAGCGUACGCGUAUGAAACCAAAGACGCUCUGUGUCUGGUGCUAACCAUCAUGAACGGAGGAGAUCUGAAGUUCCACAUCUACAACAUGGGAACUCCGGGCUUCGAGAAGGAACGCGUGCAGUUCUACGGUGCGGAAAUCUGCUGUGGUCUCGAUCACCUGCACCGCGAGUCCAUCGUCUACAGGGAUUUAAAACCAGAGAACAUUCUAUUAGACGAUAACGGCCACAUCCGGAUCUCAGACCUGGGGUUGGCCAUCAAAGUGCCUGAUGGUGAGGCGAUAAGGGGUCGAGUCGGCACUGUGGGCUACAUGGCUCCUGAGGUGAUCAAUAACGAGCGCUAUGGUAUGAGCCCUGAUUGGUGGGGUCUGGGCUGUCUGAUCUACGAGAUGACGGCGGGCCGCUCGCCCUUCCGUGCUCGUAAAGAACGAGUAAAAAGGGAGGAGGUGGAGAAACGGGUGCAGGAGGAGGAGGAGGAGUACAGCGAGAAGUUUACAGAAGACACAAAGGCCAUCUGCAGGAUGCUUUUAGCCAAAGACCCUAAGCAGAGGCUAGGCUGUAAGACAGAGAGAGCGAUGGAGGUCAAAGCUCAUCCCUUCUUUAAGAACAUCAACUUCAAGAGACUGGAGGCGGGAAUUCUGGAACCUUCCUUUGUGCCUGACCCGAGAGCGGUGUACUGUAAGGACGUGUUGGACAUUGAGCAGUUUUCCACUGUUAAAGGAGUAAAUCUGGACCAAACCGAUAACGAUUUCUACUCCAAGUUCGCCACUGGCAGCGUCUCUAUACCAUGGCAGAAUGAGAUGAUUGAGACAGAGUGUUUUAGUGACCUUAACGUGUUCGGGCCCCAGGGGACGCGGUCACCGGACCUGGACUGGACUCAACCUCCCGAGGCUCCACGCCGAAGCCUGCUGGACCGCAUCUUCAGGAGGAACGUAAGGAUCUCCUCAUCCUCCUCGCACACAGAGGAGCCGGCCCGAGAACACAACAGCUAACUACAGACCAGCAUCCAGAGGCGACCGUCGCUCGCAGCCGAGUCUCGUCUUCCAGCGUCAACUCCGUGUUGACUCCGUGUCAAACUCCGCCCCCUAGUGGACACUCGCUUGCGGGACUACAGGGAACCCGAAUGAGCGAUGUGUAGAUAGAGAAAGAGGAAAAGACUCACGUCAUGUAAUAGACGACGGGUUUUUUCCCAUCCUGGAAUUUUCCCAAGGCGUUCCUGCUGGAGGGCUGGAGAUGAUUCAGAAGCGACUCAGCUUUGGAGACGCUAAAGACGUUUCUUUAUUAUUAUUAUUUUUUUUAACGAAACAGAUGAACCUUCACCUCAUGAUCCCUCAGGAUUGCUGGACCAGAUAAAAAAAAAAAACGACAAAAAAACAGAAAGAGCCACUGACAAUGACGGAAUAUUAAACUCUUUAUUAUUCAGGGGAUUUUACUGAGGCCUCCACAGGGAAGGGGACGAGGGGACGACGAGCGUCUCAACCCGCCGCCCGACGAGGGAAAAAGCUAACGGAGUGGACUGAAGAGACUUGACACACACUUGACACACAGACACACACAGGCCUUCAAUCGCUCAUGCUCUCUCUCGAUCUCUUUUCUUCUCCUCCGUCCCUCUAUCGGUCCAUGACACACACCUCCGGACCUCCAUAUUGCCUUGCGUUUUUACACUCAGGCCAAAGAUACGACACGCAGUUACUGAAAAACUCACUUCAUGUCCUUUUUCAUUCGAGGCUAGACCUAAAAAACAGCACAACUCGGACAUGCUAGCCGCUGUUUUUCCACUCGUUUCGCACUUGUAUAUCCAUAAAAGGGACGCUUUAUCGAAGAAAAAAAAGUUUCCUCAGAAAACGUCCUGUCUCAUGCUAGCUUGCUAGUUUACGAUUAAAUCUAUAAACGGGUGAAGGUUUAUAAUUAUGACUGAAAAACUAGUGUUAGCUAGCAAAGUUAUUGACAUUUCUCUAGAAAAAAUUCUGUCAGGUUUGCUUGUGUUAGCUAGCAGCCCAGCAUUAACAGGUCUAUCUGGUUAGCAUUAGCGGAGAAUUGAUUGGAUAAUGUAUGUUAGCUAGCCAGCAUUAGUGAAGGUUAGUACUACUUGACAACUCAGAAAUCCAGUCAUGGUUAACAUCCAGAGUAGUAAAAAAAAGACAGAAAUCCUGUCAAGCUAGCGCAUAGCAUCAUUUUUUAGCUGGCUUGUGGGUUCUAAAAGUAAACAUAAUGAAGUUUUAUUAAUAUAACUCAAAAUCCCUGUCAGAAAUCUUGGCUAAUUUAUGCUAGCCAGCUGACUAGCGUAGUUCUACACAAUUUUAGGCUUUCAUGAAUAUGACUUUUUGUCAGGUUAGCUUACAUUACAUUAUGGUCCUUUCAGGUUAGCUCAUUUUAGCUAGCUUGUUACAGCUAGAUAGAUAAUGGUUAAAAAACAUUUUUGUGAAGAACUAUUGGUGUCCGAACUCUUGAGUAGUUAGCUCACGUCAGUUAAUUAGCCCAGGUCUGUGGUGAAGAUUAUGAAUAUGUAAAUGUGGUUAAGCUAGCUAGCGAUCAGAAUUAAGAUAAGUCUUUUUCAGAAAUCCUGUCACGUUAGCAUUUAGCAUUUUUUUUUAGAUGAAGCGUCCCUUACAGAAAAAAAAUGCAUCUUUAACAUACAGCAUCUUAAAAAGUUUGAGGACGGAGUUCAGCCCUCAGUUUCUACUUGUACAACAAUGCUAAUGCUCGCUUCCUGUGUGCAAUUUGAAGGAAAUUAGCCCGAAUAAUGAGACGGGAAAGCGGUGGUAGUCUUCUCAAACCAGCAGAUAAACAGAUCGACAGCACAACAGUCAAUCAGGGAGCUUUACUUCGUUCAUCUCAUCUCCAAUGUCCACCCUUUAACAGUUGAAGGAAUUCUACAGUGGCGGCGAUUAGCUGUCUACGGCUAAUCAGUCGUCCUCGUUCACUCAAUGCUGCCAUAGAGCGUUAAUAUGCUAGCGUUAAUACUGCUAACCCUGCGUUCACACGGCAGCCUCGUAUUGCUAUGACCUCAUAUACAAGAAGAAGCGUUUGGAAACUGUCACCGCUAGCAGCAGAGUUUUGUCCGUUUAUUUCGCUGAUUGAUGAUUAAAUAAUAAUAAAUCAAAAUUGUUUGUUUUUUAAAUUUUCUACAUUUUCUAAAUUUGAAACACUGGGUACACUUUUACAUACCCCUGAAAGUCAAUUACGCUACAUUAAUGUUAGCGGUGUACAUGCAUGACUUCAGAAUUAAAGCAUCUGUUCAUUAGCUCCGCCCACUUUUCCUUUGCCAAACGGCUGCCAGUGUGAACGCAGGGUAACGGAGGAACGCUGUCCGUGCUAAAAGCUGAAGGAAAACAAUGACCUUAUGUGCUGUUAAAUUUUUUAAAUAACAGUCGUAAAAGUCACAAGAAGGAAACUCUUCAUAAAGAGUAUCAGAUGUUUGGUACGUCGAAGUGACAAAAUUGUGUUACGUACCGCAUCUGGGACAGUGACGACACGAAUCCGGUCGCCUCAUCUUCACUCCUGGGAGCUUCUCAAUGACUUGAGGGACUGAUAAACUUUCCCAGACGUCUUCAUCUCCACUCCACUCUUCUCUAGAAUGCUGCCAAACACGGCGUUACCCAACAUGCGGCGUUAACGAACACGUGGCGUUAAUGAACGCAGCUCUCCUUCCAGUCUCGGGCGUGUCUCCAUCCUUCCCCUGAACCCGAGGCGUUUUCACCGUACUGUUUACAUUCAGUAAAGCAGGUUCACCUGAAACCAGCGUACCUCAGCACACCACACACACCACAUCACAGCAUUUCAGCUUCACACCACUCCGUGUCCUUCAGACACGUCGCACAUGUGGCGAACAUCUGCAUUCUUUCCCCCUCCAGACGUAUCCUGCAGUUAGAUCAAAUGUGUGCUAGUAUUGAAGCGGGAAAGAAAAAUGCAUUAAUAGGACAAACUGAUCGCUAGUUUCGUUCACUGCCAGAGCGUUUGUUAUUUUUCGGAUUGAACGUCGAGAACUUCGCCAACGCACGUGAGUUCAUUCCUUCCACAGAUUAGAUUACGAUUUCAAAACGGGGUGCCUGAAAUGAAACCAUGCUGUAUUUGUUCUCGAUAAACGAGAAGGUGUGUGCAGAUGUUUAGCUGGGACAUGCUAGAUCACCCUACCACUACUAGCUAGUUAGCUAAAAAUGUUCAAUCAGGAAAAGUGACUAUUAACAGAGCGACUGUUUAUAGAGAAGGAAAUUUCAACUUUAAAAUUCAAAUUUAAUGCUAACACUGCACUAAGUAGUCACGGUGACUAGCGUGGGAGGGUGGAAAGGUCGGCACGUGCCUGCGGAGGAGUCGUGUAUUAUAAAUGACGAGCUAGAUGUUUAUAAUAAAGGUAAAACAGGGAAGUGUUGUGAUUUCAUUCUAAACAUUUUGGGUCCAGUUUAUUAGUUUUUCCGGAUCAUUCGUAUACAGAGAAUCCGUUAGAACAACUGUAUCGGGACGGAGAGCCAGUUCUUUAUUUCACAGAUAAGCUACAUAUUUUCCAGUUCCUAUAAACAUUUCUGUAGUCGCCGGCCGUCUCCGAGCCCCACCUCAAACUCCACCCCCCACCGCUGGAGGUGCGGAAGGGAAGACGUCCCGGUGCGAGUGUGUACAGGAUCGUGUCGCGUAGCCAUUAGCCGUGUUGAGAAUCUGUCCAUUGUGUCACGACACGAUCGGGGUUAAAUUAUAUGAUGGUAGAACUGUUCCGUGUUUAUUUUCUUGUGUUUUCUUUUUCUUCAAAUGACUGAUUUAAGCGAAUUGAGAUUCUUGCUGUAAUACUUGGAAAGAAUUUAACGAAGAACGACAAGCUAGCAGCUAUCUACCACAUCUACGAUAAUGAAUUAAAAGAGAACUGAAAGAUUUUGGCAGUCACAGUUCUGUUCAGUUAUGCUAACUCACCUCCGUUACUCGGCUAGCUAGCAACAAUCACAAGAUUUUUUUUUCCUAGCUAGCUCAAUCUAUCUAGAGAAUAUUCAUCCAUAUGAGCUCAAUCUAUCUAGAGAAUUGUCGGAAAAAUCAUCCAUAUGAGGCUAAACUCAGAUUAACAUAGCUGAGCAUGCUAAUUUGAAGCAAUCUGAUCAUUGUUACCAAACAGCUAAGAAGAAUUUAAUAAUGCAACAGAUGGAUUAGUUAGAUAGCUAAGUUCCGGUGAAAUGGACUUCAACAGGACAUUACCCGCUAGCUUGCUAACUCUCUAAGCAAAGUCUGUUGCUGAUAAAAAAAAUCAUAAGAAAGUUAGCUAGCUAGCUCAGUUCACCUCAGGAGAUUAAAGCUGUCUAGCUAAUGCUGAGCUAAAACAAUGUCUUCAGCCAAUAGAAAUCUUGAUUACGUAAACAUUACCACAGCACAAGUUCUAGCUAACCUGGGAACAUCAGGCUAAUUAGCAUUAACCGUUAUAAAUCUAUUCACGCAAUUCACUUAAACGAGUUGUUUGACGAAAGCAAACACGUUUUUUUUUUUGUUGUUGUGAAAGACCCGUUGCUGUUAGUCGAAAGGAAGGCUUUAACGUUAGUAGAUGCAGUAGCGUUCAUCGUGAUUGGUUGAGACUGAUUAGGGCGUGGUGUUUGGUGUUGCAGUAUUUCCGUACAGCGUUUCGAUCAUCGAGCGUCACGACGUCCGUCCGUGUCAUUUCAUAUCGAGGACGUGAUGGCGUGUGUUAUUCGGAGCAUGAUUUUCUAUUUCGAUACGUUAGCAUUAUUACACUUGUACACUUGGUGUAUUACAGCACGAGCGAUUUUCCGUUUUACAUGCGCGAUGUGACACAACGAUUUGCCAGGCGGCUGGGCACGUCCCGACAAUCCGUGAAAAAUAUCCUGAUGAAUUACAGAUUACGUUCACUUUUUUUUUUUUUUAAGCUAACAUUAGCUAAAUUGUUAGUCUACAUACAAUUAGCUAGAUUCACCUUUUACCGAGCCCUGAUUAUUAGCACGUGCCUAGCGGUGACAUAGCGAAGAUGCUGCAUUAAAGGGACAUUGCCUUCUUUUGAAACAAUGACCAAAUGAUUUUUUUUAAGGGAAUCAGAAGUGGGAUUUAUUUUGGAUGUGAUAAAAAGAGGACAUUUUUUUUGUUCAUUUUAACCUGUAGGAGAGUCGAAUCCAAACAAAGUGCCUCCUUUUUAGCCGUGCAGUCCGGGUUCGAGCCCACGUCAAGGUUUGCACUUUGUGUGUCACUUCUGUCCAUUGUCUGUGUGCGUGACACACACAAACUUACACACCCAUACACACUUACACUGUUGCACACACACACAUAUACACACACACACACACAUACACACACACACACACUUAUACGCACAUGUGAUUUAAACAGAAAGGUGUCAUACUACGCUGAUUGCAUGUGAAGCCGAAGCUGUCAAAGUCCAUCUGAAUAAAACCUGUGCUGGCCUGAACAUUA